AUGGCGGCUCCUACAAUUGAAAUUCGCCAAGCAACGGCAUACGAUAUUAUUCCCAUAUCGCAGAUCCACUACAGAGCUCUUGAGAGAUAUCACGAGUUUUAUGCAGCUUUCCUUGCGACUCACCCUCGAGAUAUUCUUCCCAAAUCUACAGAAUCGGCGUUGAAGACGCCUGAUAAUAUCUUCCUCGUCGCUGCUGACUCGGUGACGGGUAAGGUUGUGGGUUUCACUAGAUACUAUAUUGUACCAGAAGAGAAAGAAAAAGAGGAGGACCGGAGGAAAGCAUUAUCAUCUGCAACGCCAUCGGCAGAGGCAACCCAGGCCCAGUCAAAGCCGCAGGUGCAGGUGUCAUCGCUAUACGCUUCAAAGAGUCAUGUGAAAGAUAUAUGGGACCGAUUCAGCGAGCGAGAUGAUGAGAUGGAGGCCGUGUACACUGGAGAAGUCAAAGGCCAAAGACAUCUCUACGUUAAACAUCUCAUGAUAGACCCAGCCCAUCAGCGCAAAGGGAUCGGGCAGAGAUUACUCUCGGCGGUUCUCGCGAAAAGCGAUGCAGAGGGGAUACCUACUUUCCUGACUGCGUCGGCAGAGUCGCAUGCGCUGUAUGAGAAGUUGGGAUUUGUGGAUAUCGGGCCUGCGUUUAGGAUUGAUAAUGAGGCGUGGGCGAGGGAGGUCUUGAUGCGGGAGAGUGUGCUAGGGAUGGAGGUGAAUACGAAGUUGGAGGAGCAGUGCAGGGAACUGUCUGAGGUGGAGAAUUGCAUGGUUCGCUGGGUUAGAACGUAG